UUGUCGCUAAGGUGGUCAACCUUGCGACUCAACCAUCCGACAUGGACUCCCCGUCCGCAUCUGCCACCCCCGCCUCCUCCUCCAUCGAGAUCAUCCUGAACAUGGAUGGAGUGCCGCAAGCAGCGACACCGCACCUUCCUCGCGCCACCUCCCCCCAAGCGCCGCCGGGUGGUCUCGGACAGCCCACGCGCAUCUGCCGCAACCGGCCCCAGCAUCGGCAAUGAGGUUAUGGCGGCCAUUGCGCGAAUGAAGGCGGAGAACUUGGAGGGGAGACGCGGACCUCCCGCUUGGAGGAGGUCGCCCCGUUUUUCGAGGAGGAUUUCCCAAUGGACCGUACGAAAGUCCCAGUCUGCGGACUACAAUUGCUGCUGCCCGCGGGGGGUGCGGUGUUUCCGACCGAAGCGGAGGGGGUUGGAGGUGUUCUUGCGGACGCCCGGCAGGUACAUUACCCCGGGCGUUCGCAGGAACUGGGGACCUUCGCCCACGCACGGAAACCAAGCCCCGCCUCCCCUCAGCCCAUCAUCCAUUGCAUCAGACGCGACAAAGACCUCGGGUCCGGCAGACGGCACCACAUCAUCAACCGCGGAAACCUCUGUUUCAUAAACGCGAUCCUCCAGCGUUUAUCGAUCGCCUCAAUGAAGAUGACGAAGUCACUCGUACCGAGGCCAGCGCAGGCAGCCAUUCGGUAGCCUACGAGGAGCAUCCCUUUUGCUGUUUUCACUGUCUUCCUCGACCGAACACCGACUUACGAACCCGCGUCACCCACAAACUCGCCCGUCAGCGCCUCCGCAACCCGUUCGCGAGUGGUGAGGGGAUA